AUGGAACGUUAUAAUCCUGGAAGCGUCGUCAACCUUGAGUAUGAUGGUGUAACGAAGCAGUUCCAGAGGUUUUUUGUUGCUUUAGAAGCUUCCAUUACUGGUUUCAAUAAUUACUGUCGUCUGAUGUUAUUUAUUGAUUGCACUUUUCUCACCGAGAAGUUUAAGGGAGGUCUUAUGGUUGCUUGCGGGAAAACUGGUAACCAAGAGAUCUAUCCAGUUGCUUUUGGUAUUGUACCUUGCGAAAAUUGCGAGAGUUGGGAAUGGUUCUUAACCAACUUGAAGGGUAUUAUCAGGGAAGACCGUCCACUGACCAUCAUAUUAGACCGUGUAGCUGGCCUUCUGAAACAUGUCCCUGUGAUCUUCCCAAAGGCUUACCAUUCUUACUGUUUGUACUACAUGAAAGAGAAUAUUCCGGUUCCAAAGGGAAAGAGCAGGGAAACUGCUGUGAAGUUGUUUGAAGAGUGCUACACUGCCUUAACAAAUGAGAAGUUUUAUGCUGUUGCCAAGAGUAUGAGGAAUCUGAAGUUGGAUUCAGUCAUUGAUUGGAUGGUAAAGAUUCCAUUCCAGAACUGGGCAGCUCAUGCUUUUCAAGGAGAAAGGUUUGGUGAGAACACAUCGAACAUUGCAGAGAGUUUUAACAGUGUGAUUAAGCAUGAUAAGCGGCUUCCAGCACUUGAACUUGUGGAUUGUAUUCAUGCUAAGGUAAUGGAGCAUAACUACAAGAGGUUGGUGGAGUCUAGUAAGUGGACUUCAAAGCUUACUCCGUGGAUGCAAGCUAGGCUCAACAAGAGGGUGAACGACUGCCGUUUUUACAAGUUCCGAAGAUCAAGUGAUAAAGUCUUUGAAAUAAUUUCUCCUACUGGAAAGCACACGUUCGACUUGGAUGCUAAGGCUUGCGCUUGCAAUUGGUGGCAGAAGCAUAGUUUCCCUUGCACCCAUUCGAUGAAAGCUAUGUUGCAUAUUGGGACAGAUGAACCUUAUAAGUACAUUAUUCCGUAUUAUACCAUCGAGUUCUGCAGAGGUCUGUAUGCUCGUCCUAUCUAUCAUAUUCCCGACAGUGAGAGGCCGCCUAAAAUUAAUGAGGACGGUUAUGUCUUGCCUCCCAAUGAUGGUCGAGCGUCAGCUGGAAGGCCAACUACUUCAAGGUACAGGGGUUCUCGAGAGAAAGUUUGCAAGAAAAGGAAGUGUAGCCAGUGUGGGAGACUUGCCUUCCACAACCGUCGUAGAUGUCGUAGAGCUCCUUUGGCUCCUCGUGCACUAGUGUUCCGCAAGGAGUCUAAUUCCAGGAUGAUCAACUUUUUGAGGAGGAUGUUGUUCUGA